GACAAAUCUUUAUUCAAUUAUUCCAACAGAAAGUGUGUGUUAAUGACAGUGAUACACGUGUAAUGUGGUAACUCUUUAACUGCAGUCAUGUAAGCAAAUGGUUUCUGAUCAAAGUCCAUCACCACAAGUCUAUAAGACAUGAGGAAGUGACUUAAGGAGACAGUGACUACUCUCUGGCGUUAAAAAGCCCGUGUGUUUUAGCAAUGCAGUCAAUAUCUCUGGUGCUGGGUAUGCUGCUGGUGGCUCCAGUGUCUGCUGCAGGGCUGCUUGGUUUUAUAGAGAGCAUCAUGUUGUCCAUCCACCAACGUCCCUGGCUCAUGGGUGUCUAUGUCUUCGUUGUUGGACUUCCCCUUGUUCUCUUUGUUAGCUUCAUGUGGCCUGACAAGAGGUUUGGCCCUCCCGAUCAACCAUAUUACUAUAAGAAGACAGAUGAUGUCCAAGCAGAUGAUCCAGAGGUCUCGCUGCAGAGAAAAUCAGCAAGCUCCAAAAGAUCGCGGAUCAGUGAACAGACCUGUACAGAGAAAAGAUCAACUCACAAGAGGAUGCUGAGCAAACACUAAUGUACUCAUGUUACUGUAUGACUAACCCUGGUAUAAAACUGUUGCAACCAGUACAUUGCUGGAACAGUGGCAUCAGGAUUCAGAAGUAUAUAAAGUGAACUCAUACAGUACUAAGUUAUGAAGCACGUGAAGACAUCAUUUAUGCCUUAUGUCUGUAAAAUAUGCCCCCUUCCUAUAACUGUCAUUUAUCACCAAUAAAAUUAAUCUGAGAGUUCA